AAGUUAGUGGAGUUCGUACGAAAAAGCCGCAAUCAUUUACAAAUCGAGAGUAUGCAGAUAUACAUUUCGUUUGUUUCUGCAAUAGAAAUACCUGAACUGCUGUGAGAGAAUAUCAAAACGGGUUCCCUAAUAGAAGAAUUCAAAACAUGUGGAUGCAACUGGAUAGCUGCCCGGUACAUUAUGGAGUACAUAAUAUUUGUGAAUUAAACAAUUAUUUUCCUUACAGAUGGAUAGGUCGAAGAGGGCCAAUACCUUGGCUUCCAAGAUCGUCUGAGCUCAUGCCAUUGGAUUUUUGUCUACAUUUUGAGAUAGAAUAUUAGUUACUUUUGGAAAUGCUAAAAGUAUUAUACUGUCUUCGACGGCCUGAGAUAGCAAGCACAGCUCGCGUAAAUAGAAUAAACGCCGAUAAGUAAGUUUCGUACUGUAAGUUUCGUCGUUAAAACCUAAGACACCCUGUAGAUAUAUAAAUGGAUCUAUUAUACUAACAAUAGAGCAAGUGGAUACGCCCCUGGGUGCACGAAUCCGCGCGUGCUUAAUCUUUGCGACUGUCACAUUCUGUCAAGCCCGGUUGUCAGCCUAUGCUCAUCAGCCAUGCUGUGUCUAACUGUAAAAAAUAACUUUUAGCCAUUAAGUGUCACUUGGUGCAGUUCCAAACUAGUAGAUAAAAGACGGUGGCCUGCAAUCGCGAUCAAACAUGUACCGUAUCUUUCCCGAUCUAAUAACCGAUACGGGUGUGUCUACGCGCGUGUUCCGAUACGUGAUCAAGUAUGUCAGUCAGUUUGUAAAAGUGCAAGCUUGUAGCUGUAGCAAACAUUAGGUUACCAAUAAACAGUAAAUUUCCUAACGAUGUCAGCUGACAUCCUGCAGGAUAAGAGCGUAGCCUUGAACGGCAAGAAUGACGUACCGGUAGUCUCGCAACCCAUUACCAGGGGUGGACUUAGGGUUUACAAAAUUGUUGUUUUGGGCGAUGGUGGUGUUGGUAAAUCAGCUGUCACAUUACAAUUUGUCAGUCACAGCUUUCUUGAUUAUCAUGAUCCAACUAUAGAGGAUUCAUAUCAGCAACAAGCAGUUAUAGAUGGUGAAGCUGCACUUUUAGAUAUAUUAGACACUGCAGGCCAGGUGGAAUUUACAGCCAUGCGUGACCAAUAUAUGAGAUGUGGAGAAGGUUUUAUGAUAUGUUACUCUGUAACUGAUAGACAUAGCUUUCAGGAAGCUUUGGAAUAUCGAAAAUUGAUAACACGUGUGAGAGCUAAUGAAGAUAUCCCAUUGGUAUUAGUUGGUAACAAAUUUGACUUGCAACAUCAGCGAGAGGUAACUACAGAAGAAGGAAAGGCACUUGCUGAGCAGCUUGGUUGCCCCUUUUAUGAAACAUCUGCAGCUCUUAGACAGUUUAUAGAUGAUGCAUUUUAUUCAUUAGUCAGACAAAUUCGAGCUAAAGAAAGGUCAAGAAAUUCGGUACGUAAACACAGUCGUUGGUGGCGGCUGCGUUCAAUUCUUGCCUUUAUAUUUAGAAGAAAGCAAAGACAUGUCAAUAGUCAUCAUUAUUCCCCUUAAUCGACGUAUUUGCAUAGAUAUCUUUUUGAUAGCGUUUGUUUUAAAUUAACAAAUUAUGACAACAUAAACAGUUUGGAAUUCUACAGAUUACACAACGAACAAAAUUUUUUAUGCUUCUUUUAUAUUUUAUAACAGUCCUUCAAUUUAGGGAUUAAUUCACUAAUAUCUCACUGCCUCAUCUUUAACCCCAUUAUAUUUUAAAUGUAGUAAUGGAAACAUGAAAUAUAGACUGCAGUUCAUUAUUUUUAUUAUAAACUUUACACUAAUAGCUUCUAUUACAUUGAGAAGCUAUGUAAAAACUUAUAUGAAAAAAAGUUAAACAUGAGAUGAUACAAGCAACAGGGAUGUGAUCUCCUAAAAAACUUUCAAUAUAACAGUAAUAAGAUGUUCAUACUUAAGUAUGAACUCUGUUCUCAAGAUCGCUAGUUUCUUCAUUAUUAUUUAUUAAAAAAGGCUAUUAAUAUUAUUUACAAUAUAUGUAUUUUAUCAGGAACAAUAACUAAUAACCGUAAUUUAAGGCCUAAUUAUAUUAGAAGUAUCUUACCUUUGUUUUUUUAAAUUAAUAUAAUUGCAGUUUUUAUUUAAUAUUUUCUCUCCAGUUAAAAUUUUGAUUAUUGUUUUAUAACUACUAUUUUAUAUGACCAAAGAAUUUGAUAUUUCAUACUACAUGAAAUAUUAAAUGAAAAUUUGUAAAUGCAGAAUAUAUAGUAUAUGUGAGAUGAAUAGAAAGUUUUGUAAUGCUAAAUAAUUGUUAUAUUAUGACAAUUAAUCGUAUAAAGUUAAACUAAAAUUUAUUUAUACCAAUUUAAUUAUCUAUGAAAAAAAUGAAAAUUAUGAAUGGUUUUAUAUCAAAUUAAAUUAUUACAAAGUAUACGAAAGUUAUAAUGAUUUGUAAAGUUUACAAAUGUUAUUUGAUGAAAUCGCACAAAGUGAACAAUUUUUAAAACUAUAUUUUCCAAUCAAAAAGAGUAUUUACACAAAUAUAUUUUUAUUUUUAAGAAUUGAAGAGAUAAUACUAGUAAUGUAUUUGAUUACAUAGUAAGUCAACAAAAUUUUAUGUUCAUAGACUAAUAAUACUUUUCUUUUAAGUUUGAGUUCUAAAAACUUCGAAUAGUAAAUCCACGCUGUGGAGAGUAUUCUUUCGUCUUCGGUAAAAGAGAUUUAAUCAUAUGCUCUCGAUUCUUCUCCGCUAGUUUUUUAUGAUGGUAUGGACGCUAGGAGCACUACUUUCACUAUCUGUCUGUUGUGAUGGAAUGUCCAAUUGACAAUGCGUCCAAUUAGAUAAAUAAUAAUUGUGCAAAAUCUCCGGUAGAUAUACGUCUAGGUAAUGAAUAUCUUAUAUAUUCAUAAGAGAACAUAGGAUUGUUUUGUUUUCUCUUAUCUUUCGGCAUAGUAGAAUGUGUCAACACGUGUGAAAUUAUUGACAACUGCUACUUAAACAUAACUCUGUUACUUUCAUUGACGAUGAUUUUUUGUAUUUUCCUUACAGUGCCAUAUCUUUUAAAGCUGAUUUGAAAAAUCUGUUUCACAUGCUUACAGUCAUCUUUCUGUUAAGGUACUCUAUUAUUACAGAAUACUUUAAUGAUCAUAUAGGUAAUUCUCCAUCAUAAUUGUAAUUUUUUCACAUUUGCCACACUUAUGCCAUCCGGUAAAGAUUUUUUAAUAUAUUUUUUUGCUAAAUUAAAGUUUUUUACCUUCAUACUUGGCAUGUAGAGCACCAUUAUCUUGUGGAAAAUUAUUUCUAUUCUAACUAAAUGAUUACCAAUGAAUAUCACAUAAAGACUAGUUUCUGUUUCUCUAUAUACUGUGGCUUUAUCAUCAAUACUGAUGCAAAAUCUCAGGUAGAUUUUGUAUCUCCAUGUCUGUUACAUAGAGCUCCAUUAUCCUGUAGAAAAUCAUUCCUAUUCACCAAAUAAUUUUAUCAAUGAGUAUUAUAUGGACACAUUUCAUAGUAUACUAUGACUCUGCCAUUAACAAAGAUGAUCCAACAUAUAAUUGAUAGAUUCUAUUUUGAUGAGUUAAAAAGAUAUAAUACAGAGUUUAUGCAAAUCGCCAAAGUUUAUUUAAAAAGUAAAAAUGCGAGUAGAAUACUCUUUGAUAUUCGUCCACCCUGAUUGCGUGAAGAAUAAAAGAGUAACUUAUUCGCCGAAAUUACAAAAAUAUUGGUGCUCGCUAGUAUUAAUCGUACCCUCAAGUGUCUUCGCUUUCUCUUCUUAGAGCCAAAGGUAAUAAGGCAUCUGGUGUCUGCUCCUAGCGUUCAAAACUUCACGUUUUCUUACAUUAUUUAUUAAAUCUUUUAAUUCUCGUGCAGCUUAAGAAUACGUGAUUUCUUUUUUAGUGCAUGUAUAUUAUAAAUCAAUUACGUUUAGUUAUAAAUUAAUAGAAUUAUAAUAUACACUAGAACCUCGUUCUACAGGCAGGUCGGAAAAUAAGGCGGUUCAAAUAACAGAGUAGUUUCGAUAAUAGUUCAUUAUACCUUUGUAUACACAUACAUAAUUCGAAUGUUAAGAUUUAACUGUUAAGAUUUCAACUGUUUCUUUGACAUAUUUUGUAUAAAUGCAAAUGAUCACAUAUAUUAAUAUAUUCGCUAUAAGAAUACGUGUUUGUACAUGUACAAUUGAACGUAGUUCGAUUAAUAGGGACUCAGCAUUAACUUGUUGGCAUAACGAGGUUCUAUUGUUUUUUAUAUAGUUGCCAGAUAAUAGAACCAAUCUAUAAUAGCAUACAGUCAAGACAUUACAAAAAAAUUGUUAAAUGUAUAUUUAUAUGUAUAUUAAACGUCUAGUCGUUACUUAAUGUUUCCUAGUCAAGUCUUGCAUUUUGUUAAAUAUGCAAUAAUUUACAAUUUACAGACGCAAUUACGAAUUUUGAUUGCAGUUUAAAGUGAUCAUUUAUAUGUAUUUAUCAUAUCUUAUAAAUAUUUAUACAUGUUGGUAUUAUAUUUGUUAUAACAUUUUAUAAACAGUUUACUAAUAGGAAACAUAAUUAUUAAUAUUUAAUCCAUCAUAUUAGCUAACAUAACAAAUUUGAAUAUUUUGUUUUAUAGAACAAGUACAAAGUAUUAUUGUCAAAUCUGGUAAUCAACUACAUCAACACUAGCUUUGUACUAAUACAGUAGAAAAUAUUAAUAAAUAUAAAUUACCUGAAUGUAACAAUUGAACAUACAAUACAAAAUCUGUGUAAUUUAUGUACUGUGUAAAAUGUGUUUAAUCUUUAAAACUUUGUAAUAAUAAAAGGAGAGUAUUUAUCUGUUUUAGUUGCUAAUGUAAUAUUUUAUUUCUCUUUAUAUUUGUUUAUAAACUAACGAAUUUACACGUAUAAAACAUGGAAAAACAAUGAAAUGUAAUGAUAUAUUUAUAUGAAAAUGGAAUUUUUAAAGUUAACAACGGCGGCGAGUGGUGUCUUUGUCUGUCCAUCGUUUGCUUAAUAUAUCAUAUUGUAUAUGUAUAUAACCAUGAAUACCCAAAAAUAUUAGGAACUAGAAAUAAUAUAAAUAAUGUUAAUAUAUAGUAUAAUAUAAAUUCAAAUUAAUUCUGUAUUUUAAGAAACACAAAAGAAACGCGUUUUACAAUGACAAUACAGUAAAAUAAUUAAAUGUAAAUUUAUAACGUACUACCAAAAGAAUUUUAAUAGAAACAAAAUUUUAAAAAUUCUUUUGAGAUUGAGCAAUAAAUUUGAUACGAUUGAAAUAAAUUUAUGUAUAAUUAAUGUAUUUAAGUUGUGAUUAUGUAAUAUAUUAAUUGGAGAUAACAAAGUACGAAUUGUAAUUGUUUUAAGUAUAUGGUCUUAAUUGACGAUUUUCGUAUUCUGCACGAAAAAUUUACGAUAGUAUUAUAUACAGGUCCACAAUUAUAUGAUAAUUAUUAUAGAAAAAUGGCUCAUUUCGGAUAACUACUUGAGUACAUUCAAUGAACUGUGACAAGAUUUUAAUUGUAUUUCUGUUUAUAGAAGAAAUAUAAUAUACAAUAUUAAAAAACA